CGCUUAGCGCGAAAAAUAUCUAAUCGUUAAAACGUCCUAGAUAUUGGUAGUCCCCUAGGAAAGUUAAAAAGAACUUUUAAAAUUUCUUUUAAAUUUUUUUGAAAAUUUCAGGAUCGGAGUGCGUGUACGAAUGCAGAUGGCUUAUUGUGCCUCACCUUUGUAUUAUGUUUUUGUUAUAUUUUUUUAGAAAUUAUGUUGUUUUCUGCAUUUCUGGUGUUGAAUGUUUUGGGAAGUGUCUGGGGGGAUUUUCGUGUUCCCAUUUUAACGCAACCUUUGUCAACCUUCAAUUUACCGUUUUUGCAAGCUUUCAUGGCAUCAAACCAGGCCUAUUACGAUAGAGUGACUACUUAUAAUGUUUGGAAAACACCAAGGGCCGUCGGAGCCGGCAUCAGUGCAUUCGAUGUUAUAGUGGGGUCUACCGCCCAAACCAUGGUUUUCGACGCUGAUGUUCUUCUCCAGCGGGGUCAACUUUCAGUAGCCAUUCUUGAACAAACACCGCUAUAUAAUUGCCCAGAUAAAUGUUAUACCGUGAAGGAUGCUGAUAUCGUUAAUGCUACUACUCUUACUUCAAUUAAUUUGGCAAACGUUGCAGCAUUAGAAAUUGGAGAAAUUCACCAGUUUGCGGUUACAACAAUGGAGAAGAAAUUUUGUUUCAACAUGACAGUCUUGGAACAGAAACUGAAUCUUUCGUCGUUACGUGUGAUCAAUGAUGAAUGGGCGUUGUUUGUACCUGACAUCGUCGCCGCAGCCAUAAAAUGUCGUGCUGAUAUGCUGAGUGUAACAGUGGACGAACUUGCCGAACUGUUUAACACAAAUACUACUACAUUAUAUGGCUAUAAUUUGAAUCAAAUUGAAAGCAUCUUCUUCCCGGCAUUUGAUGACUUGGUUGUACGUAAGAACCGCUUCGAAACUCAACUGUUCUCACUUGUUAUUUCUGGACAGGCCAGUUCUCAAUGGCAAUCUCGAACUAUGGCGUACUAUGCUAAUCAGAUCAGCCAGUUUUCAGUUCGUCAUCUUGAGAUAUUAUACAGAGUGGCUUCAGCACAGCUUUUCGCCAUAGAAAACAUCCAAUUGUCCAGUUACUUCUCUCAGUGCAUCUCUCUUUCGACUGCAGGUUCUGCCUUUGAUCUAUCUCAGGAUAUUUUUGGUUAUCAGACUACUCUUCCCUCCUGUAAUGUCGCUUUUGUCUUGUCUCGAUCUUUGAGUGAAGAUGAGGUCAGAUUCAAUCUUUCUACAAUCACAAACAGAAAUAUUUUGACCAUUAUUAGAAAUGCAAGUAGUAUCAGCAGCUGGUUUAAUUUCUAUCAACUAUUGUUUGCCAUUUCGGAAGGUAUUUGGAUGGAAACUCCACUUAUUACUCAGGUUCAAGCUCGUCAAGGUCUCACCAAUGCUCAAAUCAUCACUUACUCAGUUCCGCAAAUCGCAUACGCAAUCAGAACCUUGAAUGGAUCUGGCAAUUUAAAUUUGAUUAUGAGGGAUAAUUAUCAGCAAUAUCUUUCCCUCCUUCUAAAAACGUAUGGCUUCUCUAAAUCUACUCUUGGCGCCCUCACUGGACGAACUGUAGCUCAGAUUGACAGUUUAACGAUCCAAGAAGCUCAUAACCUGGUAUUCGAAGCGUUAUAUCUAAGAUAUAAUAUCAAUGAGUUUCUGAGCAAACUCACUGUAGCAGGCGUUGACAAUUUUGUAGCUAUUAAUCUUCCAUCGUUUGAAUGGUAUAGAAUGGUACGAGCAGCUAUUGAAAGUUCAUUUGAUCAACUAGCAAGCGCUUUUUCAACUAACCUAACAGCAGGAACUGGUGGUGUUUCAGUUAUUACUCUAGCAGAUGGUACAUCUUCAAUUCAAAUUCGAUCUGGCAGCAUAUCCAGCAACUUUGUUAUUUCUGCCAGUCGUUUAGCGUCGUGUUUAGGUACCACAGUAUCCGAAAUAUACCAGAGAACCAUGCCUAGCUACCAAACGUUGGACCAAAGCUCCGCUGUAGAUCUCAUGAAUAGGAAGAUCGUUUUGGAAACAGAAAAUUUGAAUGCUUUGCUGGCCCGACUUGGAAUAACAUUUGACAGUAUUAAGAACACUGAAACGGUUGGUCAAACAAUUGAGAAUCGUGUUGGUCUCACGGCAGAACAGUUGCGGUGUAUGUAUGGCUGGUCAUCUCAAUUUACAUCCUUCCUAUUCGGCAUAACCUGGGGAAAUGUUAGCUCAUUCCGCCUUUAUAAUGAUUACACUUCUUGGCCUCUUCAUCGGAUUGCUGUGGCAUUAAUUCACUCUUCUCCUACAAUGUGGCGUAAGUAGAAAUAAACUAUUUUAGGCUUUUAAUAACAGCUAGUAUCAAGGUAUCAUUAAUAAGAAAAGAAAACUUAUCUUUUUAAAUUUUUUUCUGGCAUCCCAUCAUAUUUCUAGCAAAAUAUCAGUAGUUCGUGCCAGUCGUUAAUGCAAAGAAUAAUGAUUAUACUGAACGUUAUUACUGAACAUAGAGAAUUAAAUUGCACGCUAACUUGAGCUUUCUUGCUUCAUGCCAUAAAUAAUUGUGAAUACUUUGUUUCUAAAGAGUUAUGUUCCACUGGCCCUUGUGAUGCCAACGCAGAUUGCACGGACACAGUCGGUUCAUACAUCUGUACCUGUCGUACUGGUUUCACUGGAAAUGGAGUCACUUGCACCGGUAAGAUGCUAAAGUCAAUCUGAAAUCUGAAUUUAAUAUUAUUUCCAGUCUUCUAUAUUCAUCCUUUUAUAUUUAUUUAUACGUGAGAGUCAAGCGUUGUCCGCCGCGUGGAAUAUACACCUUUGGUUCAAAUUCUGCAGAACCACUCAUCAAUUUAAAUAUAUUUUAACUCUACUUAAUUUUGUAUUCAACACCAUUUCUUACCCAGUCCAUCCCACACUGCUUUAUUCUAUCCAACGUCAUUUUCAGUUUGUUCUUAUGUGCAUUUCAUGUAAUGAUUCGUUCAUUAUUUUCUAGACCUUGAUGAAUGUGUACUCGGGACUCAUAAUUGUAGUGUGAAUGGUCUCUGUACAAACACUAUUGGAUCUUACACGUGUCGAUGUAACACAGGCUACACUGGAAACGGAUUUAUUUGCACAG